CACCUACCGGUUCCUGACGGCGUGAAGUAAACCGUCAGAAAAGACUUGUAUUCGUGUCUUUCCCUCUCUUCGCCCUCUCUCUCUCUCUCUAACGAGAAGGAACAAAGCAAAGCAAAAGCCUCGCAGUGCUCGUUUCCUUUUUCUCCCUUUCUCACUCUAACAGACCCAUCGCUCUCUCUCCGUGAAACCGUCAUCUUCCUCUUCUCCGGCGACGUUUUGAGACUUCUGGGAGCAGCUAGAAAGGGAUUGUUGUGCUGUGAAUUCUACUGAGCACUGAGGUCUCUUUCUCCUGAGAAUUAUAAGCACUGUCUUUGCGUAGUGCUUAGUAGUUGCGACUUGCGAGUUAUGGGGAAUGCAUGUUGUGUUGCUGCUCGAGACAAGAUGGUGGUGCCUAAUUUAUCAGCUGGUGAGAAUUUGCAGAGGAGCAAUGUCAGGCAUUCUCCGACUUGGAGUUUCCGUUGGGAUAAUAGAGGACGUGUAGCUGGUGAAGAAACCUCUCUCAGUUGGUUAUCUGAUGGGAUUAGUCGGAACGAUGGCUCUGAGAUCAAAUUUGAAUCUGCUUUUGUAUCAUCUGAAGGUUCCCCUUUGGACAGUUUUCGGACACAGGCAUUGCAGAAAUCCCCUGCCUCAGAUCUAUCUUUUCCAAGAAAUUCUUCCAUGAAUACAGUCUUUGAACAGAAAGAAAAUAUUUCAAGAGAGUCUGCAGCACCAUCAUAUCCAUCUCCUGCACAAUUGUCUCUUUCACUGGCUUCACAACCAUCAUCUUUCCCUACAUCACCACUUUCGUCCCAAAGCUACUUGCACCCUGCAAGUUCAUCGACACUUAAACUGACACAUCGCCCUCGUCUAUCAAAGCAAGUCUCAGAUGGUCAAAUCUAUGGUCCGAACUCACUAAGUAGAAGCUCAGCAACUGAAGAGAGGCAGGGAACUCCUUUGAGAUAUGAUUCUUCUCAGUCUGGACCAUCUGAAGGUUGGUCACUGCAAGCCUUUUCUGAAAUGAUGUCAUCUUCUCGGAGCAACGAGCCUUUGUCUUAUGAUAAUGAUUGCUUUGGGCUUCAACGUGACAAGAUAGACCAUCAUGGCAACCGAAUGUCCAAGCAUCAGCAGCAAACUUGCGGUGCUUGCUCUAGACCCUUGUCAGAGAAAUCCUUGUGGAGCAGCCAAAAGAUCUUCAUGACCAACGAGCUCUCUGUGUCUGCAAUUCUAGCUUGUGGGCAUGUCUAUCAUGGGGAGUGUUUAGAGCAGAUGACGCCGGAAAUCGAUAAAUUCGACCCUUCAUGCCCAAUCUGUACAAUGGGUGAGAAGAAAACGGCGAAGCUGUCGGAGAAAGCAUUGAAAGUAGAGAUGGAUUUGAAAGCACGACACAACAAACGACUCAGAAACCGAGUUUUGGACAGUGACUUUGAUUGCGAUGAUUUUGUAAUGUUUGAUCACAGCCACAGGACAGCAGCAGCAACAGCAAGCAAGAGCCCUAAACUGCUCUCGAGUUCGAGUGCUAAAAGCUAUUCUGCAAAGCCUUUCUUGGCUCGACACUUCUCUUUCGGGUCCAGAAGUAAUUAUAAAUCCCCUAAAGAGAAUCUUCCAGUGAAAAAGAAAGGCUUCUUCUGGACCAAAUCCAGCAAAAUAUGAACUUAUUCGCCGUGCUCUGUUCUUUGACUGCUGUCUGAAGCAUAGAAGUCGACACACACACACACACCGGGACACGGUACCAUUCAAUUAAAAGCAGGCUAUUUGUUGUUACACACUUUCCUCAUAAAGCUCAACAAAAUUUGUCUUAUCAUGUUUUUUUUGUUUUAAUGAAUACUAAAUUUUCACACAUGUAAAGUUACAAAUUUAGAUUACAAGGUUGGGGAUAAAAACAACAGUGGAUCAUUAAUCUAUUGAUUUGUUCUGGCUGUGCAUAGAUCUGACUCUGAAGGCAGCCGAUUGGGUAUAGUUUGUAUUAUAUCUACCUGUUUGACCUCUCAAUCAAACUUCUUAUAUGUAAA